CUUCCUACCAUUCCCUAAGAAUUAUUUUAUCCCUAUUACACGGGUCAUAAACAAUGCGUUUCGUCCUCGCCGUCAUUGCUGCUUUAGUAUCAUCAAUCUUCGCCACUCCCGCUGAUGUGAUUGAAGUCCUUGAAUGUCCUUCUUUUUGUGCCAAUAAUAUAGAUUGCGAUGGCUGCGGUUUGCCGGUAUGCGUGAGUACAGUAGUUUUCCUGGGUUCGGACUUUAAUGACAUGCCAGUAACUCACCUGCAUAGGACACCGCUAAUUCCAUCUGCACGUGAGUCGUGUUUUUGCUUUCACAUCGGUGCAGUAAGGCCGUUGGCACUGACGCAUGCGUUACUAGUCCUUCGUAGAGUUGAUCAACGCGCCACCGUCAGGAAAACAUCGGUGGUGUCAUUUUUGUUCGAUUGGGAAAUUUGGAUAUGAUGUGUAAGGACACCAAAAGAAUCCUA